AUGGAAACAAUUCAAAUAUCAUUAAAUUAUGAUCGACAUUCAGACCAAUCCUUAUUUGACAUAUGGAAAUUAACAAAAGAUUCAAAUAUAAUAUCAACCACUUCUAAUCUAUCAUCUCAACCACAACGAAUAAAUUAUCGAUCAUGGAGAUUAAUAAGUCAAAAGGUAAUAUUAAAACAAAAUAGNAUCAUCUCAACCACAACGAAUAAAUUAUCGAUCAUGGAGAUUAAUAAGUCAAAAGGUAAUAUUAAAACAAAAUAG